AUUUUUUAACCAAAUUGGCGUAGGUCUCGUGAGAUCAAUUUCUGUAAGACAUUUCCAACUCUUACCAAAUUCUUUCAAAUCCUUCUCCUUCUUCUUCCGUUCUUCAUCUUCUUCUCCUUCUUCAUCCAGGGCUGCUGUUUCAUUUCGCUCAAGUCUAUGGCUGCUUUCACCUCUUUCUCUCUUCUUCGUAAUUAUGCAAUGACUGGAAGGAUUGUUGCAAUUGUGAGAGCCUCACCACGACUCUCUUCUUUUCCCACCUCUAUCGAUUUUCUAACACCAAAUCACUCACGCAGAUAUCUAUGUCGUGUUAGUCCUACACAUGAUGAAGAGGCUGAGGCAAAGGCAGCUGCAAUCAAUGCUGAUAGUGGAGCUCCAACCAUAUUUGACAAGAUCAUAGCUAAGGAAAUUCCUUCAACCAUCGUGUAUGAAGAUGAUAAAGUCUUAGCAUUCAAAGACAUCAGUCCGCAGGCUCCUGUUCAUGUUUUGGUGAUUCCAAAGUUUAGGGAUAGGUUGACACAACUUGGGAAGGUGUGUUCUAGGCCUGCUGAACAAAGUAAGGGAGAAAAAGAUUGGACAAGAAGAAUUGGCAAUGAUCGUCAUUUAGUCUGUAUAGAGGAUCCGUUUGUGGUAUCUCAUGACCUUGGUCGAGUGGUGGAGAAGUUCAGCAUUAAAGUUCUAAAAGAAGAGUUUGAACGAGCGGUUGAUGUAAUGCAGUAUGAUCCAAAUCCUUGGAUAACACUCUUUGAACCUUACGACCCUGGGUAA